AUGAUGGAAGUAGAAUCAGAAACUCAAGAACUCCAUAUCCACGUCAAUGGAGAACCUGCAAGGAAAUCUUCGACAGAACAGAGAAGUCACAACUACUCAUGGAGGUUAAGAGUGUCUCUCUAUGUCACUAUUAUCUUAGCUGGUGAAACAGUAGCCACUCUGUUAGGUAGACUUUACUACGACAAAGGAGGCAACAGCACGUGGCUGGAGACCUUGGUUCAGCUUCUUGGGUUUCCCUUAACCAUUCCUUGCUAUUAUUUCAUAAAGCCUGAGCCUUCCAAGCCUAAAUCCACAACCAAGAAAACUAGUCCUUCCUUCUUGACACUAUCUUUAGUGUACAUUGGACUUGGCUUGCUUUCUGCUGGACAUAGUGUUCUGUAUUCCUUUGGAUUGCUCUACCUUCCUGUUUCAACUUUCUCUUUGAUCUCUGCGUCGCAGUUGGCUUUUAAUGCUGUCUUUGCUUACUUCCUAAACUCACAAAAGUUCACACCUUUUAUACUCAACUCACUUGUUCUCUUGACCACAUCUUCAACACUUCUUGUCACCCAACCUGAUCAUGAGUCUUCUACUUCUAAGUCCUCAGCCAAAUACAACUAUGUGAUAGGAUACAUAUGCGCCAUUGGUAGCUCAGCAGGGCAUUCUCUGUUGCUUUCUUUAACAGAUUACGCGUUCGAAAAGAUCUUAAAGAAGCACACUUUCAAGGCGAUUUUAGAUAUGGUUACAUAUCAGUCUUUGGUAGCUACUUGUGCAGUUUUGGUGGGACUUUUUGGCAGUGGUGGAUGGAAAGUGUUGUUGAAAGAAAUGGAAGAAUUUAAGCUUGGGAGAAGCUCUUACCUUUUGAUAACUGUUGGUUCGACGAUAUCAUGGCAAGCGUUUUCUAUUGGUAGUGUUGGUUUGGUUCUUGAAGUUUCGUCGCUUUUCUCAAAUGUCAUAAGCACUCUCAGUCUCCCUGUUGUUCCGGUUCUUGCUGUUGUGUUCUUCCGCGAUGAGAUGAGUGGAAUCAAGUUGGUUGCAAUGUUUUUGGCUAUUUGGGGAUUUGUUUCUUAUGCUUACCAGCAUUAUGUUGAUGAUCUAAAACCAGAAGAAGAAGAGCUAAAGAUUCCUCAACCUAUAGAAGAAGAACAAGAAGAAAAAGAAGCUCAAGAAGAUGACACUAAUAACAUUCAUGUUUAG